AUGAAGUUUACACUAUUCUCCUAUCAAAUUCUCUCUUCGAUGUUUAGUAUUAAUAUUACUCAAAUAUUUAGAAUAGAUUUUAUCAUGGUAUCAGAGCCAAAAUCCUGAAAACAAGAUUUCUAGAUUUUUAUCCUUCCAUAUAUUUUUUUCCCUCUAGCUAGGCUAUGGAGAUUGGUGAUGAAACCAUUGAAGCCAGCCAUAAAGUUAGCAACAUAAUGAUGGAGUCUAUGCCUCAAGUUAAUAUGACAGGAGUAUUGUCACAUAUCGAUUCUUGGAUAAUUGAUUCUGGUGCAACGGAACAUAUUACUUGUACUGAUAGAAAUCUUAUUGAUGUAUUGAGCACCCCUCCUGAACGAUCAGUCAAAAUUCCAAAUGGGGAAUCUGUUCCGGUUCAUGCUGCCGGUAGCUUGUACUUACCAAAUGGAUUGUAUCUUCGGCGUGUCCUAUACAUCCCAAAGUUCCAGUGCAAUUUACUUUCAGUUAGUCGCCUCACAAGCGAUCUAAAUUGUACAUUGACAUUUUUUUCAGACUUCUGUAUUUUGCAGGACAUACCCUCGAGGAAGCUAAUUGGCGUGGGUAAAUUCUGCAAUGGACUCUAUUAUAUGGAUUUUCCGAUAAGUGAGGGGGCGGCAAUGUCGGUCUCUGUUACUUCCGAUUUGUGGCAUCAACGUUUGGGACAUGCAUCUGAUGGAAAAAUUCAUCACAUUAGUUCUCUCAAAGGAUUUCGUCGAAGUGAUAAUUUUUGCGAUCCGUGCGUCCGGGCUAAGCAGACUAGACUACCCUUUUCUACAAGCUCCAUUAAGACAACUCGUUGUUUUGAAUUGAUACAUUGCGAUAUUUGGGGAGGUUAUCGAUGCGAUUCAAUCUCCGGUGCACGGUAUUUUCUAUCUAUUGUUGAUGAUUUUACCAGAGGUGUGUGGGUUUAUUUAAUGAAAAAUAAAUCUGAAGUUUCUCAAUUUUUAAUCCAAUUUUGCAACAUGGUUGCUACCCAAUUUGAGCAAAAAGUCAAACGAAUACGAGCUGAUAAUGGCGUAGAGUUUCAAACCAAUGUUUUAUUUGAUUAUUAUGGACGCACUGGGAUAUUACUCGAGACGUCUUGCACAGACACACCACAACAAAAUGGAGUUGUGGAACGUAAACAUAGACACAUAUUGGAAAUUGCAAGGGCCUUACGUUUUCAGUCUGGGUUACCGAUUGAUUUUUGGGGAGAGUGCAUCUUGACUGCUGCUUAUAUUAUUAAUAGACUUCCCUCACCCGUUAUUUUUAACAAAAGUCCUUAUGAAAUGUUGUUUGGAAAGAUCCCUAGUUAUGAUCAUUUGCGGGUAUUUGGAUGUCUCAUAUAUACACAUGAUAAUAAGCGAAAAGAUAAAUUUGGCGAAAAGGGGAGUCCGUGUAUAUUUAUUGGGUACGCAUAUGGUCAAAAGGCUUAUCGGGUCUACGAUUUGGAAAAACGUAGUGUUUAUAGUUCCCGAGAUGUCACCUUUUACGAAGAAAAAUUCCCUUUUAAAAUUACUCUUGAUGAUGACCUUGAUUUUUCAGCAAUUAUUGACAAGGUUUAUCAUCACAUUUUGGGAUAUGAGGAUCAAAGUGUACAAGACCGAGAACAUAUUACGAGACCUGUUGUUCGGUCAUUUAGUGAAGAUGAACAGCCUUCGUUUGCUCAGCAAAAUUGCAAGAGUGUGGAAUUGAUGCAACUUGACCCACAUCAUCAUCAUGAGCCACCAUCAUCAUCAUCAUGCCAACAGUUGAUCGAGUCGACUACUUCGGAUGGACAACCGACCGAGACUGCUCACCACCCGCCGGCUACUGCACACAAACGUCCAUCAACAGAAGUGGACAAUGAUCUCAAUUCAUCUAGUCAAUAUUUGGAUACACAUGUAUCUUACGGACAAGCACAAAAUAAUGCAAUGCAUGGGCUGCCUUCCCCAAUAAUUUGUGCUGAUGGUGAUGUUUCUGUACAAGGGACAAAUACCAUGGGACCACCUAAUCAACAAACGGUGACACCAGGCAUUACACCCUAUUUUGAACCACAAAGGCAGACUAGAAUUCGGAAAUUUCCCAAGCAUCUGGAAAAUUACGAAAUUGAUUUGCCCCCCUCACUUAAUCAUUCACCACCCACGGCCAAUUCAGCGGACUCAACGGUAUAUCCUCUUUCCAAUUUCGUUAAUUAUGAAAAAUUUUCUCUCACUCAUAAAGCUUUUUUAGCGGCCAUCACUUCACGUGAUGAGCCUAAAUAUUUUUCCCAAGCUGUACAGGACCCCUUAUGGCGAGAGGCCAUGCAAAAGGAGAUUACUGCCUUGGAAGAAAAUCAGACUUGGAUUUUGGUAAAUUUACCUGCCGGGAAAAGAAUUGUGGACUCCAAAUGGGUUUACAAAAUUAAAUAUAAACCAAAUGGCGAAGUAGAACGCUACAAAGCUAGAUUGGUAGCUAGGGGUUUCACUCAAGUUGAAGGAGUUGAUUUUCACGAAACUUUUGCACCGGUUGCCAAACUUGUCACGGUGCGAUGCAUGCUAGCCGUGGCAGCUAAGCGUAAUUGGGUUGUACACCAAUUAGAUGUAAAUAAUGCUUUCCUCCAUGGUGAUCUAUCUGAGGAUGUCUAUAUGCGCAUUCCCCAAGGAUUCAUGAAAAAGGGUGACAAUCGUGUUUGCAAAUUACAAAAAUCUCUAUAUGGACUACGACAGGCUUCGCGCAAUUGGUAUCACAAAUUUACUCAAGCUCUCAAUGGGAUAGGGUUUCGCCAAUCCCGAGCAGAUCACUCUCUAUUCAUUUUUCGCCAAGGUCUCGUCACAACCUUUGCUCUAAUUUAUGUUGAUGACGUCAUCUUAGCUGGAAAUGAUGUCUCCCAUAUUUCUUCCAUUAAGGGUUAUCUAAACAACAAGUUUAGCAUCAAGGAUUUAGGCAAAUUGAAAUACUUUCUUGGCAUUGAAGUUGCUCGCUCUCCAGAGGGUUUUGUCUUAAGCCAAAGAAAGUAUACCCUUGAUAUCCUAAAAGAAAGUGGCCUCUUAGCGGGCCGUCCCAGUUUGUUUCCCAUGGAACAAAACCUAAAACUUCGUCCAGACGAUGAUAGCCAACUAGUAGACGCAUCUUCUUACCGUCGACUGAUUGGGCGCCUAUUAUAUCUCACUGUAACCCGUCCAGAUAUUGUUUAUCCUGUCAGUCAGCUUAGCCAAUUCCUCAGUCAUCCACGACAAAGUCACCUCGAUGCUGCCAUUCGCGUAUUACGCUAUCUGAAACAAACACCUGGUCAAGGAAUAUUUUUAUCAUCUGAUGACGAUUUCAACUUAAAAGGAUAUUGUGAUGCGGACUGGGCUGGCUGCUCUUUCACUCGUCGCUCCAGUACUGGAUAUUUUAUUUCUCUUGGAAAUUCGCCUAUAUCUUGGCGAACAAAGAAACAGUCUGUUGUUUCACGCUCUUCUGCUGAAGCAGAAUAUCGCGCCAUGGCAAUGACAGUGAGCGAGAUAUUGUGGUUGCGUUGGUUACUUCGGGAUCUUACAAUUGAUCAAACAAAUGCAACACCUCUUUACUGUGAUAAUCAAGCAGCACGUCACAUAGCAUUAAAUCCAGUAUUCCAUGAACGUACAAAGCAUGUUGAAAUGGAUUGCUAUUUUGUAAGAGAAAGAGUUGCUAGCAAAGAGAUUGAGCCGGUUUCUAUUUCCACAGUCAAUCAAGUGGCUGACAUUUUCACCAAAGCACUUGGCACCGAUCGUUUUCAGUUUCUCAAAAGCAAGUUGGGUGUUCGUAAUCUUCACACUCCACCUUGAGGGGGAGUAUUGAGAUAUUUAAUAUUUAUAUAAUAUUUUAUUACUGUUGUUAGUUGGCAUGGCAUGGGCCAUGCAAUCACAUGCAAACUUUUCCUCUUCUCUUUGUAAUACGUAUAGUAUAUAUACAUGUGUAUGCCUCAAUAAUAAAUCAUGAAGUUUACACUAUUCUCCUAUCAAAUUCUCUCUUCGA